AUGUCAAGGCUUAUGAAGCGAACGAGCUCUAAUCUCGAUGAUGACUAUAGAAAAAUCAAGCUGGUACCCAUAGGUAUAUCAGAAUCAGUCAACACUCUCACUUCUCCAGAAUUAUUUUCAUAUUUUGGAUCAAACGAAGAACUAGCAAAAGAGAAUCAAGCCAAUAUUGAGUUUUACAAACAAUUUAGAAAAAAACCAACUCUAUUAAAUGAACUAGGUGAAGAGUAUUUGGAUGAUGAUUUAAUCAAUAAAAGAAAAUUUUUCCAAGAAAAGUUCAUCAAGGAUGAUAAUAAUGUUAAAUUUUACUCGCUUUUUUUAAUUAAAUUUAUAAUUAAAUUAGUUAUUUUAUCGAUGAUGGGGAAUUUUUUUUACUUAAUUUCUAAAAAUGUUAAAAUGAUGGAUGAAAGUUUCAUCAAUGUUAACGGAAUCAAUGAAGGUAAUAAAAAUAUCAAUUUAACUUAUAAACCCUUUUUAAUUAUAUCCAAAUUCUUUAAGAAGAUCCCAUUUAUUGAGAAGCAUCUACCAAAUUAUAUAUUAUCGUCAUUCGAGGGUAUUCUUUUGGGUAUAAACCAACCAAUAUUCGAUUUGAUAUUUCCAAAUUCGUUUUCCAUAUCGAUCUUCAAGUUGAUUAAUAAAGAAACAAAAUCAGACUAUGAAAAAGAGAAUGCAAACGAUUCAAAAAAUUAUGUAUCGAUUUCAUCAAUUUUAAGAACAUCUACAGCAUUUUUAGGGAUUUCAUUUGCAUUAAGAAAAUUAGACUGGAAAAGUUUUGAAGAAAAUAAUAAUUUAUUUAUUUUAUUUAAUUUGUUUAUUUGGUUGUUAUUAGACUCCACUAUAUCAGGGUUUAUAAGCUCGACUUUACUAUCGGUAUUAACCACUAUUUUUGUGUUUAUUUUUGAUUCGGAUUUACAUGAAUCGAUCUUAAAGCAAGAGUAUAAUCAAUAUUCAAUUGCGCUAUGGAUUGGUAGUUUCUUCUUUUGUGGGUUAAUUUUAUUUGGAAAAGUUGGUAGAUUUUUAUUCAUCCACUACUAUUAA